UUUUCAUUCACCAUAAUGUCUUUCACUGGGAACUAUGAGCUGGAGAGUCAAGAAAACUAUGAAGAAUUCCUCAAAGAAAUUGGACUUCUCAGUGCCAAGACUGACAGCAAAGUCCAGACAGAAGUCCUUCAGGAUGGAAAUGACUUCACGUGGACUCAAACUACCCCCAAGUGGACUUGGUCAAAUAAAUUCACCACUGGUCAGGAAUGUGAGCUGUUUACAAUGACGGGCUCCACAUUCAAGGCCCCCGUCAGUAUGGACGGUGGGAAGAUUUCUGUAUUAUUUCCGCAAUACCUCUUCACAGCUGAGAUGGUGAACGAUAAGUUGGUCAUGAAAUGCAUCACUCCGGGAGAGAAGGGUGUGACUUUCACAAGAGUGAGCAAGAGGACGUCUGACUGCAAGACCCAACACGCUUGAAAAGAACUGACGCUGUAUUGAAGUUGCUGUUGCAAAUGGUGGAAUGGUACAAAACAUCUGUUGACUUGAAAUGACAUUUCCGUACAACUGACCCAAGGCCAGCAUUUUGGGUUGAAGUCAAUAAAAGUAUCACUUGACUCAUUUUUAACUCAGUGAUUUUCCAUUGAGCCAUUUAAAAACAAAACAUUUUUAGUACAGUACUGAAGUCCACUGCAAAGAUGUAUCCACAUUCCAAGAACAUGAAAA